CUGCCCUUACUCAAAUUCAAGGAGCCGGUGUCUUAGCGACGCAAUGCAUUAGGAGCUGGUUUUCUUUUAAUUUUACUUACUGUUUACAACUAUUGAGGUUGUUGAUAGUCAUUUUUAUCAUUGGGCUAGUCGUUAUUUCCACUCACUGGAUACCGAAGCAUUUAUGGUCAAGGAUCAAAUACGAGUCUUCACGAGAUCCGGAUUAGAGAGCAUUCCUGACGCAUUCUUUCCCAGCUACAACAACGUGGAUCACACACCCGAUAGUGGAACUGUAUCCCACGACGGAAUAUUUGUAGAAUAAAUCACAAAUUCCGUGGAUUACAGGAAUGCUGCUGUCGAAAUUAAACUCAUUCACUCAUAUCUCCACCGUUGAUAUGCCGGCGAAAAUCCAGCUUCAAAUUCACCAAGGGAAGGAGAGGGAGCCAUUUGAUAAGGUUUACCAGGUCGGCGCUGUGCUUGGAAGUGGCGGGUUUGGCACUGUGUAUUCAGGCACGAGAAUUUCAGAUGGAGCACUGGUUGCUGUCAAACAUGUGGCCAAGGAUCGGGUCUCGGACUGGGGGGAGAUGCCCAAUGGCUCUCGCGUCCCUAUGGAGAUUCUACUCUUGAAGAAAGUUGGGAAUGGAGCUCGGGGGGUAAUAAAAAUGCUGGACUGGUACGAGCGACCUGACAGCUUUAUUAUUGUCAUGGAACGACCGGAGAACGGCAAAGACCUGUUUGAUUUCAUCACUGAGAAGGGAGCUUUAUCAGAGGAGCUGGCAAAGAACUUUUUCCGUCAGGUUCUUGAGGCCGUGCGACACUGCCACAACUGUGGGGUUGUACACAGGGACAUCAAGGACGAAAAUAUCCUCAUCGAUCUUCGGACGGGCGAAAUUCAUCUUAUUGACUUUGGAUCCGGGGCAUUGCUCAAAGACACUGUUUACACCGACUUCGACGGCACUAGAGUGUACAGUCCACCAGAAUGGAUCAAAUACCAUCGGUACCAUGGGCGGUCAGCCACAGUUUGGUCUCUGGGUGUCCUGCUGUAUGACAUGGUGUGUGGAGAUAUCCCCUUCGAGCAGGACGAGGAGAUUGUACGAGGCCAGGUGCUCUUCAGACGAAGAAUCUCCACAGAGUGCCAGCAGUUGAUCAAGUUGUGCUUGUCCCUGAGACCUGCUGAGAGGCCAUCGUUUGAGGACAUCAUCAAUCACCCGUGGAUGCAGAGCACAGUGUCCUC